UUCCAAUAUGGUAGAGAGGUUGUUGUUGGACUGUGGACUGUUGUCAUGUCCCCGCAGUGCCUGUAGUGGUGCUGUGAGGAGUCUGCUGUGGACUAAUCUAAAAUCCUCAGCAGCUCCCACCUGCUAAUGUUUGCUGUGGAUAAUCUACAUUUACAUGCAUCAGUAUUUUCAAUGAUAUUGCAUUCAGAUAGGAGCAUUAUUAGUUACCUAAAAUAUCGAAUAUCGAUGCACAAAUAGGCGAGCUGGUUGUAAUAGGCACUUCUACUCUAUCAGGAGCGAAUACCUUACACAGCCUAUACAAAUUGAAGCUGAUGUUCUCAAGGACCAGAGUCACGUGAUGUAUGAGGGCAAACACAUCCACUUCUCGGAGGUGGACAAUAAGCCAUUGUGCUCAUACAGCCCAAAGCUCUGCAAGCAGCGCAGACUCAAUGGCUAUGCCUUCUGUAUCCGUCAUGUCCUGGAGGAUAAGACCGCUCCCUUCAAGCAAUGUGAAUAUGUGGCCAAGUACAACAGCCAACGAUGCACCAACCCCAUCCCCAAGUCUGAGGACCGCAGAUACUGUAACAGCCACCUCCAAGUCCUUGGCUUUAUCCCCAAGAAGGAGCGGAGGAAGAAACACAAUGCAUUGGAGGAGAUGCGCUCAACACCUCACCUGGAGUCAGUGGCUCUUAACAUAACUGUGCCCUCGCUAGCUCUGAAGGCCUCCAAUGGCCUGGACGAGCUGCCACCCUCUCCACCCUGCAUCCGUCUGCUACCCCUCCCAGAUGGGGAGCUCCUGGACCCUUUUGCCUUCUACGAGGAGGACACUGAUGGGGAAGAGGGCCCUCCUCAGAAGGGCUCCACCGUCAGGAAGAAACUACACAGUCGACUGGUGCUCAGCCAGAAACUCCAGCUCCCCCAUCACGACAAUGCCCUCCUCCAACCACCUCCGGAGCACUUUAGCCCCUCUCCUCUUACCUGUGUGCACCGCUCUUCACCCCUCCAUCCUCAUCUUCCCUGUCAGCAGCAGACAGGACUCCUCCAGCCCUCCACUAUACCUUCGUUUGUCCUCCCUGGACAGCUGCAGACAGGACUCCUCCAGCCCUCCACUAUACCUUCGUUUGUCCUCCCUGGACAGCUGCAGACAGGACUCCCCCAGCCCUCCACCAUGCCCUCGUUUGUCCUCCCAGGACAGCUGCAGGGUUUAUUAUGUAAGCUAGCUCCACCUCAGAUUCCCGCCUUUCUGCCUGUCGGACUGCCCCCCAACACAGCUCCCAGUCCGCUGCAGUCCUCCUGUCCCCCCCUCGGCAGGAAAGCUCUGUUCACUGCCACGCACUUGCCAUCCAGUAGCUGGGACAGCACUCAGCAUCAUUUGGUGGCCAUGCGUCCGGCUGCCUUCUCACCUCCCCUUGCCUGCAUGGCAAGGUUACAGCAUCUGGUGCAGCUCUGCACCCAAAGACAUCAGGAGCACGGAGACCUCUUCCAUCAUCUAGGGUUGGACUGGUCUGAAGACAGUUCAGAGGAUGAUGAAGUGGAGGCAGAGAGAGUUCCACCCUAUCACAAUGCCUGGAGACUACAGGAAGGACACCUGCAGGAUGUCUCAGAUGAAGAUGCUGGCAGCUCGCGGAGAACGCGGCUGGCUCGGCUGUGCUCAUACCUCCAGGAGAAAUACAAGCACCUGUGCAGGCAGGAGAGGGCUACCAUGCGCCAGAAGAAAUACCACUAUGCCUUCCGCAAAGCCCUGCUGCACGCCGCCAGUAAAGACCCUGACUGUGCUGGCCAGUUGAUUCAGAAGUUGCACAAGGUCUCCCAGACCUCAAGUGCGCCAGGGCAGCAGGAGACGGGAAUCUGCACUGGAAGCACCAAGGGCCAGGCAUGUAGCAGCCGAGCUCUACCCUUCACCCGACACUGCUUCCAGCACAUUCUGUUGAAUCGCUCCCAGCAGCUCUUCUCCAGUUGCACAGCCAAAUUUGCAGAUGGACAACAGUGCUCCAUUCCUGUGUUUGACAUCACGCAUCAGACACCGCUCUGUGAGGAGCAUGCCAAAAAGAUGGACAAUUUCCUGCGUGGAGACGGUAACCGAAGAGUGCAGCACCAGCAGCAGCAGCAGCGAAAGCCGCGUAAGAAGACCAAACCGCCUGCACUCACCAAGAAACACAAGAAGAAGAGGAGGAGAGGGCCGUGGCGGCCCCAGAAGCCCAUCCCGCCGGCGCUGCCCCAGGGGAACCUGGGAAUGCCUUCCUCCUCCAGCCUGACCAUGCCCACCCAGGCCAACAUCAGGAGUCCCUCGACGCCUGAACUGAGCACCGAUGAACUUCCCGAUGACAUCACCAAUGACAUGUCAGACAUUCCAAACGACCUCGAGCUGAACCAGGAGGAUUUCUCGGACGUGUUACCCAGGCUCCCCGAUGACCUUCAGGACUUUGACUUGUUUGAAGGUAAGAAUGGGGAGCUGCUUCCCACCACAGAGGAGGCAGAGGAGCUGGUGCGUGCACUACAGGCUGGGCUGAUGGGCUCCUACCCAGACUCCCUGGUGUGCCUGACCUCCAUGGCGGAGAUGGCGCAGGCAGAUGGCGUGGACCACCGGGCCAUGGCAGCAGUGUUCCCUGGGCCAGGGGUCCAGCCGGGGGGGAUGGGGGACCUGCUCAAUGGCCGCAUCCCCGUAGAGAACUUCUCCAAUCAGGAGCUGGAGGACAACCUGCUGCACUCUGCUGGUGGCCACUUCUCCCCCUCGGUGUCUCCUCAGCAGCCCCCUGCCCAAGGCCAGACUCCUCCCUCGGGACCCAGCCUCACCUCCUCCACCCGCACAGUCCCCAGGACACACCCGCCCCACAUCUUGGCCAAGCCGGAGGCGCCCACAUCGUCUCUGCAGGGCAGCCAUUACUGCAGCGAGCAUGUACCAUCCCCUUACAACGACCACAUGUCCUCUACCCACGCCACCUCCUUUCAGACUGACUCUCCUCUCCUGCUGGAGGUACCAAGUACCCCACGCUCCUCCUGGAACAACCUCCCCCUGGCCCUCACUGACCCCACACAGUUCGGCAACCUCAUCAGACCAGAGGGCCACCUCGUAUCCACCUCUCUGUCCACUCCCCCCUCCUCCCACUCUGUGACCCUACAGCCCAUGGCUGCCCUCUCAGCGUUGCCCCAGAGCGGCUUGACGGGCUUGACUGCGCUCCCCGCCCGCUCGCCACCACACGACCUCUUGAUUUCCACCCUUCCCAAGCAGCAGCUCCCUCAGUUCAGUGCUGCCUUCGGCCACCAACUGGCAUCCCACAGUGGCAUCCCCAAGGACGUGCAGCCCAGUCACAGCUCCACAGCGCCCCCCACUGGCUUCUCCAUAGCUAGUGCCACCGCUGCAAGUGCCAACAGUGCAACGCCCCCCUUUCCACACAGUAACUAGAGCAAGCCGUGCACAGUACAAUGGCUGUAGGUCAAACCGUGGACUCUAGAAACGUAUUCACCCAGUGUCCAUUCAUUUCCCUUCUGCUUCAAGUGUGCAAUGUGGUAACGGACCUAACGCUUCACUGUUCUAUUGGAAUUUGCACAACCUCAGAUAUUCCUUAACCGUGUAAUGAUUUGGUGGUAAUAUAGCCAGUUGGCCACCUGAAAGGGUCCAGUGGUUUGAUGUAAAUGCAGCUCCAGAGUUUCGCCAGCAGGGGGCAGAGUGUGUGUGUGUGUGGAGGGAGGUGGUUCAGUAGAAACAUCAAAUGUUAUUUGUCACAUGCUUGGUAAACAACAGGUGUAGACUAACCGUGAAAUGCUUACUUACGAGUCCUUUUCCAACAAUGCGGAGUUCAAGAUACAAUAGAAAUAGUGACACGAGGAAUACAUGGAUUGAUGUGGGGGAACAUUGAAGGAUUAUUUACAUCAUAGUGAAAACAACAGUGCUAGAGAAUACGGAGACAAAGCGUCAAUCAAUGGUCAAUAAAAAAAAUAAAAAAAAUAAUAUUGCCAGUUUAGUCGUCGUCUGACAUCCAUCAACAACACUCCCCUGCGUAUUAUUUGGACUGUGAAGCUAAAACUUUUAAAUUGGCUCUAUACUCCAGCAUUUUGGAUUUGAGAUUAAAUUAGAAACAAAAGCACUAUGUAUCUAGACUCCGAUUUGAAUGUGUCAUAAGUAUUUGGAUUAAUUCACUUGUGUAUUAAAGUAGUCAAGUUUAGUAUUUGGUCCCAGUUUCCUAGCACACAUCAAGCUUGUGACUCUGCAAACUUGUUGGCUGCAAUUUAGUUUGUUUUGUUGAUGUUUCAGAUUAUGUUGUGCCCCCAUAGAAAUGAAAAGUAAAUCUUGUAUAGUCACUUAUAUAUAAAAAUAUACAGAAUGUUUCUAAACACUUCUACAAUAAUGUGGAUGCUACCAUGAUUAUGAAUGAGUCGUGAGUAAGUUCGAGGCACAAAGUUUAUACUCCCAAGACAUGAUAACCAUGUUGGAUGCAUUAGCAUUUUAUAUCAUACCCACAAGACAUGAUAACCCCUCUCCAUUACAGGAUGUUAGCUUUUUUUGGUGUGCGUAUGAUAUUUAUGCCUCUAACUUUCUCACUCAUUAUUCAUGGUAUUUUAUUUUACCUAUAUUUAACCAGGCAAGUCAGUUAAGAACAAAUACUUUCAAUGAUGACCUAGGAACAGUGGGUUAACUGCCUGUUCAGGGGCAGAACAACAUAUUUGUACCUUGUCAGCUCGGGGAUAUGAACUUGCAACCUUUUGGUUACUAGUCCAACGCUCUUACCACUAGGCUACCCUGCCGCCUCCACAUUUAAUGUAGAAGUGUUCAGAAACACAAGUCACUCCAAAAUGACACUGCAUUAUUUACCAUUUUAAUAUUAAUGGGGCACAAAAUAAUCUGAAACGCAAAUUUUAAAUGCAUCCAACAAGUUUGUAGAGUCACAAGGUUGAUGUAAUCCUUGCGUGCUAGGUUACACCUUUUGACUACUUUAAUACACAAGGGGAUUUUUCCAGAUACUUAUGAGGGGCACUAGAUACAUGACGUGUUUUCAUUCCUAAACGGUAAAACGGAUGUGUGUGAAUGUAUCCUCAAAUUCAAGGUUACAUUCUGUUGCCUCAUACGAAUCCAAAUCCAAAAUGCUGGAGUAUAGAGCCAAAUUUAAACGUUUUCUCCUCACUGUCCAAAUAAAUACGUAGGGUAGUGUAUCCUGCCUGGCUAUGGUCAUUGCAUGGGUUCAUCUGUUCCAUUCACUUUUUUGAAAGAGAUUCUAAGGUAGGUCCUUGUAUGCGGGUGACCCAUUGUGAAGCAACAGAGUAAAUGGCUCCGCCAUCUUACCAUGAUGUAGUCUAGUCCUCCAUCACUUAACAGAGAAUUUGGCCAAACCACUUUUAAACAGCGUUUUAAUUUUAAUAUAUUGUGUAUAUAUUUGCUCUAUUAUUGGGUCACUCAGAAACGUAAAAGAUCGAUUGACCUCACCAUUGUGGGACUCCUUAUGGGUGACCUAUUAGCCACUUGAAGGUAAAUUGUGUUACUUGAAGCAAUAAACACAUUGGCACACACUCUUGUCACAGUAUUGAAUUGAAUCUCCACUUUAUGUAUCUUCACUAUGUAAUCCAAACCGAUGUGGAACAGAUAUGUUUGGGCCUGUGUAACUCUCUGUGACAUAAACCGUUUGUUCUAAAUCAAAUCUGAACUGUCUGAGUAGAGAGAGACUGUAACUGAUCAUUGAACAGGAUGCUUCUCUUAGGUCAUACUGAGUAGUUAUUGCAAGGGGCCAAAUCCAUGGGCUCGGGUGUCCACAACUCUCCAUGGUGCUCUUGCUAUAUAAUGGCAUUUUAAAAGGACAUUCAAGGAUAUGGUCCCAUCUAGAUAGAAACUACUUAAGGAACCUGGGGGGGUAAACACUGAGUAUACCAAACAGUAGGACACCUUCCAAAUAUUGAGUUGCACCCCCCCCCCCCCCCUGUCUCUUUUAACUCUCAGAAUGGCCUCAAUUUGUCAGGCAUGGACUCUACAAGGUGUCAAGCGUUCCACAGGGAUGCUGGCCCUUGUUUGAUGUCCUUUCGAUGGUGGACCAUUCUUGAUACAUGAGAAGCUGAGCAUGAACCUAGCAGUGCUUCAGUUGACUCAAACCGGUGCACCUGGUACCUACUACCAUAACCCCGUUCAAAUACACUUACAUCUUUUGUCUUGCCUAUUCACCCUCGGAUUGUGUACGUGUGCCAUUCAAUGUCUCAAUUGUUUUGAGGCUUAAAAAAUCCCGUAACCGGUCUCCACCCCUUCAUCUACACUGAUUUGAAGUUGAUUUAACAAGUCACAUCAUUAAGGGAUCAUAGCUUUCACCUGGUCAGUCUGUCAUGGAAAGAGCAGGUGUUCCUAAUGUUUUGUCCACUCUGUAACUCCCUCAGUAAAGGACCAGAAAGUCAUCUUUCACUAGUCUAGCAGUGUAUAUGGAUACGUAGGAUGGGUAUAUGGACAUGUGAAAUGAUGCCCCCUUGUUUUAGCAUCUUAUCUGUUUUGUGUGGUAGUGUGACACCAUUGGUGUAAACUGGUGCAAUGAGCAUUUCUGAGGUAUAGAUAGCACUGUUUGUUGUACUAAAUAAAUACAUAUUCUCAGGUGCAUUAAGGUUAAUGAAGCAUGGGUCUAAAUGUUAACUGUUAAGGAAUGAGGAUGGAAUUAACCAGACAACUCUGCCCUGUCUGGUUUUAAACUCUACAGUAGUAAAUCAUGGAUUUUAUUUUUUAUUUUUUAUUUUUUAGAAACGGAAAGUCUACUCAUUGUUAAGUAUUAGAUAUAUUUAUAGGGUUGAGGUCUCUACAGUUUUAGGUUUUAUUGUGAGUUAAUGAGUGGCAAUGGAUUGAAAAAUGAAGUCAGUCUUUUGUGAUGCGCUUGAUGGAAACUUUUUGUGGAACACCCCUUGUUUUAAUGGCUAUCAAAACUCUCGUAGUUUCUCUUCAAAGUGAAAUGAUCGAUUGUUUGUGUACAUUGUCAUUUAGCUAACCAAACUGGAAGAAUGUCUAAUGUGAGACAGUAUUUUUGAUAGUUAUUAAACUCUGGCAAGUAGUUGCUGCUGAAAGACCGGGGUUGCAUGGCGAGACAACUUUACAGCUGAGUGAAAGGCCACAACAUUUCUCCCUUUAUUGUGAUUAGCAGAUCUCUUGGUAGCAGUAAAUCCAGCCAUAGCAUAAUUUUUUUCUCGCAAGUAUGUAUGUAUGUAUGUAUAUAUGUAUAUAUAUAUGUAUAUAUAUGUGUAUAUAUAUAUAUGUAUAUAUGUGUAUAUAUAUGUAUAUAUAUAUGUAUAUUGCACAUAACAGCACCCAUAUUCAUUUUGGAUUUGGAACACACCCCUGACCUGCUCUAAACAGCACUGUGGGAGGCCAGAUACUCCCAGUAAGCAUCGUGCCUUUUGUCAUGAUACGAAAAACGAACAGCUGCCAUUAACUGCACACACACUGCUUAGAACCGAGCAGGCCCCACUUCCAACUGUGAGAAGGCCUAGUUAUUUCAAAGAGACAGACAUUACCAGAGCAGAUGCUUCAAGUUUCAGUUUCUUUUUUGCUUGACCACAGCAUUGUUCCUAGAUGUACAGCCCCUAGGAAAUAGGUGGGCUGGAAUGUUUUCUUGAAUUUUCGCAAGCAAGGCGACACUGCUGUAUUCACAAAGCAUGAGAUUAGAAUCAUUGCAGUUUGACUCCUCACCAACCAUAUAGAACAAACUAAGCAGGGCUCUGUAGGCACUCGUAACUGCUUGAAAUCUGAGAGAUGGCUGACAAAUUCCUAUACUCAUUGAAUGUACUGUAUUACUGUUUUUAAAGAUGAUAAGAUGAGCUAAUAAUAAUCUAGUCACCUUUUGUUAUCGGUCCUUGUAUAAUUUGUCUAAGCAAUUUUUUUUGUAUACAAAGGUUUACAUUUUUAUGUAUAUUUUUCUUGUGUACAAAUGAUGUAAUAUGUGUAUAAACACUGUAUGGAAUGUGUAUAUAGUGUGAUAAAAUGUGAUCUUUUGUUUUUGGAUGUAUAAAUAAACCUUGCUGUGAGGUAUUUGCUGUCA